AUGCAUAAUAAUUUAACAAAUUCUUCAGAAAAUGAAUAUUAUAAUUUGAUGCUAUGGACCCUAUUCUUGAGGAAGGCGAUGGGAAACGACCCUGUUUGGCUACAAGUUACUAUUUCUACCGUGUUAUUGACAAUAUUCGUAGUAGGCGUGAUUGGCAACCUUCUAACAUGCAUAGUUAUCUACAACGACAGGACGAUGCACACGGCAACCAACUUUUACCUCUUCAACAUGGCCGUGUCAGAUGCAAUAGUAUCCUUUGCUAUUUUCCUCGAAGUGUACUUGUUCGUGGCCGAAGCAUAUUUGUUCGGAGAAAUCGCUUGCAAAAUACAUUACUUCUUUGUGAUCGUGUUGUUCAAUAACAGUAUUUUGGUGGUCACAGCGCUGGCUAUAGAGAGGUACAUAGCGAUAUGGCAUCCAUUAAUGCUGAAAUCAUCGAUGGCUUGGAAAAGAGUGAUGAAGGUAAUAGCAAUCAUAUGGAUCAUAGCAAUCCUGGAGACUGCACCGGAGGUUCUAUCAGUGGAACUGACCAGAACGCACCAUGUAUCGGUGUGUUUCAUAGUGCCGAGUCCAUUUUCAAGAGUGGUUAACGGGAUUUUGGCUUUAGUGACUUUUGUAAUACCGUUGGGGAUUCUGCUGUUUGUGUACAUAAUGAUCGCGUUGAAAGUAAACAUAACCGAGAAAUCGAAUUCAAAUAGGAAAAUAUUUAACCAUAGGGACAACAGAAGCAAAGUGAAUAAACUUAUUGUAGCGAUCACGCUGUCAUUUCUAAUCUGCUGGCUCCCAUUCUUUACUUUUCGAGUACUGUUAUUCUCUUUUGAUAUGAGGGAACUGAUGCAAAUGGAGAAGUUCUGGGGCACCGGCUACAAGGUUGUGCUCGUCAAUAGCUGGUUCAGUAUCGUUUUGAACCCGAUACUUUUUAGCCUAAUGUCCACUAAGUUUAGGAAAGCCCUCAAGAUGCUAUGGAAUAAAAAAACGCAUAAUCAAAAUACGGAAACAACAGCAGUAUAGGUAUCACAAAAAAAUAACUACCCACCUAUAAAUCGUAAGGAUUGCAUUUACAACCAAACUCAAACAUUGCAUAAUAUAGAAAGGAAU